GCCCCCUGCUCGGAGCCGCCGCCACGCGGGAAGGGAGGGAGCCGGCCCCGAGACUGCAUCAUUCCGCACCGGCUGCUGCAGGGCCAGAGGGAGCAGGUGGAACGGGCGAGCCGCGAGCCGGAGCGCGCCAGACCCAGGGCGAGACUGCAGUGACGCGGCCCGGGAGACAUGGCGGCCGGGCGUCUCUGAAUAAGCAGAAUCCGGAGCCCCUCGCCGCCCCCGGCCGCCGCAGCCCGGGCCAUGCCGCACGACUGCUGAGCGCACGCCCGGGCCGGCCCCGAGGACACAUGCGGCGGCCUUUGCCGCCUCGCCCCUGACCCUCUGCCCUGCUCUCCGUGUUGCAUUGCUCGUGGGUUUCUCGGGCGGUGUAGCUGCGGCUGCCACCAGAGCCGGCGGGGCGUCGCGCUGCUCAUUCAUCCGGCCGCACUUUCCUUUCCAUUUCCACCCAUCUCUUCCCAUUAGCUUCUCCCUUUCCCCGCCAGCUUUGCAUCCAUCUCCCCCACCUCGUCACCCCCUCCUGCCUCCAUCCACCGGGGCUAUGGCCGCAGAAGAGGUAUUGCAGACGGUGGACCAUUAUAAGACUGAGAUAGAGCGGCUGACCAAGGAGCUCACGGAGACCACCCACGAGAAGAUCCAGGCUGCCGAGUACGGGCUGGUGGUGCUGGAGGAGAAGCUGACCCUCAAACAGCAGUAUGAUGAGCUGGAGGCUGAGUACGACAGCCUCAAACAGGAGCUGGAGCAGCUCAAAGAGGCAUUUGGGCAGUCCUUCUCCAUCCACCGGAAGGUUGCUGAAGAUGGAGAGACUCGGGAGGAAACACUUCUGCAGGAGUCGGCAUCGAAGGAGGCUUACUAUCUGGGGAAGAUCCUGGAGAUGCAGAACGAGCUGAAGCAGAGCCGGGCUGUGGUCACUAAUGUACAGGCAGAAAAUGAGAGGCUCAGUGCGGUCGUGCAGGAUCUGAAGGAGAACAAUGAGAUGGUGGAGCUACAGAGAAUACGGAUGAAGGAUGAAAUCCGAGAAUAUAAGUUCCGGGAGGCACGGCUCCUUCAGGACUAUACUGAAUUGGAAGAGGAAAAUAUAACAUUGCAGAAACUAGUGUCCACGUUGAAGCAGAACCAGGUUGAAUACGAAGGCUUAAAGCAUGAGAUUAAGCGAUUUGAGGAGGAGACGGUACUGCUGAACAGCCAGCUGGAAGAUGCCAUCCGACUGAAAGAGAUUGCUGAGCACCAACUGGAAGAAGCCCUCGAGACUUUAAAAAAUGAAAGAGAGCAAAAGAACAACCUGCGGAAGGAGCUCUCCCAAUAUAUCAGCCUCAACGAUAACCACAUCAGCAUCUCAGUAGAUGGACUCAAAUUUGCCGAGGAUGGGAGUGAACCAAACAAUGAUGACAAAAUGAACGGUCAUAUCCAUGGGCCUCUUGUGAAACUGAAUGGAGACUAUCGGACUCCCACCUUAAGGAAAGGAGAGUCUCUGAACCCUGUCUCUGACUUAUUCAGUGAGCUGAACAUCUCAGAAAUACAGAAGUUGAAGCAGCAGCUUAUGCAGGUAGAGCGGGAAAAGGCCAUUCUUUUGGCCAACCUACAGGAGUCACAGACACAGCUGGAACACACCAAGGGGGCACUGACGGAGCAGCAUGAGCGGGUGCACCGGCUCACAGAGCACGUCAAUGCCAUGAGGGGCCUGCAAAGCAGCAAGGAGCUCAAGGCUGAGCUGGACGGGGAAAAGGGCCGGGACUCGGGGGAGGAGGCCCAUGACUACGAGGUGGACAUCAAUGGUUUAGAGAUCCUGGAAUGCAAAUACAGGGUGGCAGUAACGGAGGUGAUUGAUCUGAAAGCUGAAAUUAAGGCCUUAAAGGAGAAAUAUAAUAAAUCUGUAGAAAACUACACUGAUGAGAAGGCCAAGUAUGAGAGUAAGAUCCAGAUGUAUGAUGAGCAGGUGACAGGCCUUGAGAAGAUCACGAAGGAGAGUGGUGAGAAGAUGGCCCACAUGGAGAAGGAGCUGCAAAAGAUGACCAGCAUAGCCAACGAAAAUCACAACACCCUUAAUACGGCCCAGGACGAGUUAGUGACAUUCAGUGAGGAGCUAGCUCAGCUUUACCACCAUGUGUGUCUGUGUAAUAAUGAAACUCCCAACAGGGUCAUGCUGGAUUACUAUAGGCAGAGCAGAGUCACCCGCAGUGGCAGCCUGAAAGGGCCUGAUGAUCCCAGAGGACUUUUAUCCCCACGAUUGGCCAGGCGGGGUGUGUCAUCCCCCGUAGAAACAAGGACCUCAUCUGAACCAGUUGCAAAAGAAAGCACAGAGGCCAGCAAAGAACCAAGUCCCACUAAGACCCCCACAGUCUCUCCUGUUAUUACUGCCCCACCGUCAUCUCCAGUAUUGGAUACAAGUGACAUCCGCAAAGAGCCAAUGAAUAUCUACAACCUUAAUGCCAUAAUCCGGGACCAAAUCAAGCAUCUGCAGAAAGCUGUGGACCGGUCCCUGCAACUGUCUCGUCAAAGAGCAGCGGCUCGGGAGCUAGCCCCGAUGAUUGAUAAAGACAAGGAAGCCUUAAUGGAGGAGAUCCUCAAGCUGAAGUCCCUGCUGAGCACCAAACGGGAGCAGAUCGCCACACUGAGGGCGGUGUUGAAAGCCAACAAGCAGACAGCUGAGGUGGCGCUAGCUAAUCUCAAGAACAAAUAUGAAAAUGAAAAAGCAAUGGUGACUGAAACCAUGACGAAGCUUAGAAAUGAACUGAAGGCUUUGAAAGAAGAUGCUGCAACCUUCUCAUCCCUGAGAGCAAUGUUUGCAACAAGAUGUGAUGAAUAUGUCACCCAGUUGGAUGAGAUGCAGAGACAGUUAGCAGCCGCAGAGGAUGAGAAGAAGACUCUGAAUACUUUGUUACGAAUGGCUAUCCAGCAAAAACUCGCCCUGACCCAGAGGCUGGAGGACUUAGAGUUUGACCAUGAGCAGUCCCGACGCAGCAAAGGCAAACUCGGAAAGAGCAAGAUCGGCAGCCCUAAAGUAAGUGGGGAGGCAUCAGUCACCGUACCCACCAUAGACACUUACCUCCUGCAUAGUCAGGGCCCACAGACACCCAACAUUCGGGUCAGCAGUGGCACUCAGAGGAAAAGACAAUUUUCACCUUCCCUUUGUGAUCAGAGCCGUCCCAGGACUUCAGGGGCUUCCUACCUACAGAAUUUAUUAAGAGUUCCCCCUGAUCCCACCUCCACAGAAUCAUUUCUUCUGAAGGGCCCCCCUUCCAUGAGUGAACUCAUCCAAGGGCACCGGCUCAGCAAGGAAAAAAGGUUAACCGUGGCUCCACCAGUAAGAGAGAAGAUAAAGAUAAUACUGAGUAAACCAUUCCGUGCUACAAAUUGGACCCAUUCAACAAAAAUGCAAUACUUAGUAGAACACCUGAUGACCAUGGUCCUAUUCGUGUUUUUAUUUUGUUUUAUUUUUUUAUUUACUGGUCUCUCCUCUGUCAGGUAUUCCUAUCCAGAAAUUACAUUUCCUUAAAAGAUUUCAUAUUCAAAACCUGAGCAUUGUAUGCGAAAUAAGCUAUGGUGAAAGGAUGGAACUUUUUAAUUACUGAAGAGAUCAAUAUGAAAAACUCUGUAGCAAGAAUGUGUAUAUUAUAUUAGAUCAUACUUUUCAAUCCAUAUUGACUAUUUUAGUAUCAUUAUGUAAUUUUAAAGUCUUUUAGAUUUUGUUAAAAUUUUAUUAAAUCCAUGGAAAUUGAAAGUUCCUUAUUUUAAUCCUUAGGAGAAAAACUACAAUUUUUCUCUAAUAUAUCCAUAAAGUGAAAGAAGAAGUACUUAUUUGAUAUUCUUAAUUGUUACAUAUUUAAGAGCAAGAGUAAUUAGUUCAUACUUAUGUUCACCUAAGUCCACCCAUACAUUGCUGAGGACAGCAGCCUCCAGAAGGUGGCUGUUUCCGGAGGAGUAACAGGGAGCAACAGGUGGGCUGAGAUAUACAUGAGGCCCAGGACAUUCCAGGCAAUAACUGUCUGCCUCUCCUGACUCUGCCCAAACCCCAAAUGAUGCUUUCUAGCUCACUAAAUAUAUAUAUAUAUAUCAGCAGGCAGACACUCGAGCUGAAAGAGACAUUUCUAGGGUUCGUUUCUAGAUCACGGAUCCUGCCUCAGGCUCACUGAAGUGACCAGCCUCCACCCAGUAAUAACAAACUAGUCUAAAUCCAGAAUACAACAAUUAUACAUUUUAAUCUCACCACCUUCUACCUGUGUGUGCUGCCCACCCUCAAGACAGAGAAUAGCCUGUAUUCCACCAACCGGCAAUCACUAGCCUACAACACCAAAUCCACAGUUUCUUUGGUAUCCUUUGUGCCAGGGAGUUGGGUGCUGAACAGUCUACCUGUAAUAUUACCUUGCCUUCAUAUCCCAAAGCUCUGCGAGCAAAGAAGAGUUCUAGUGGGCAGCUAGGGCCAUUUGUUGUAGUCCAGAGGAAGAGAGCCAUCAGUAUCUUCUAUGCUGUACUCAUACCUAUUUAAUCCAAUCUGCUGGCACCAGUCUAUUAUAUUCUACUAUUUGCCCCCACUGUAACUACAUAACAACCACCUCUAUUACAACAGUGAUUAUAAGGCAUUAUCUGAGAUGGUAUAUCCAAACUGUACCUUGCAAAGGGACUUCUAUCUGCAAAGAAUACUAAGAAAACAUAUUAUGAGAAAGUCCCAAUAGGUACCCAGGGAAGCCAAUCUCUAGGUUAACCAACUACUUCCCUGUCCAUUUCUCCUCAUAAAUGUAAAAGGAGAGCCUCCAGUGAAGAAAUCCUGGAAGGGCAUCUCCCAGCUCUGAGACUCUCUGAUGCUAUGAAUUCAAGUUAUUCUGUCCAUGACUGGGUCUGGAGGUCACUGUGUAAAAUCUAUGCUUCUAAAUAAAUGUUAUGAUAUCUCAGCACCAUAUAGUAUAGUCCCCAAGAAAAGGGAAUGCUUUUUCCAAAAAAAAAAAGGGGGCAAUUCCCAUUAUCUAAUAUAUAAAACAAACUUUUCUGAUGAUUUAAAGUGACUGUGUUGUGAACUGAGUAGACAGGGCAGGAAGGAGUAGUGAUGUCCCUGAGUUCCUGCUGAAUUCUGACAACAGGCCAACACUUUGAUUUCUCUGUCAAAAUGGCGGGAUUCGAUAUCUAAAAGUAUACAGAUACUGUUACAUGGAAUAUGGAAGCCACUGGUUUAAUUCUGGCAUGUCCAUCAACAUGACAGCCACCUGAACUCCUUUGAGGCAUUGUAAACGGUUAGGAAAACUGACCUUUCUACACACGAAAUCUGGCUUCAGCAGCUCUCCUGCACUCUAAGGGAGUUGGGCAGGGGCAGCCUGAGCUCUGGCUGUGAGCAUAGCUCAACUGAUGUGUAGUUAGAAUGUUCAUGGAAGGCCCAGGCUUGCUACUUCCCACUCCUUUAUUUUAAAUGAUGUAGUGAGCCAGGCGUGGUGGCUCACGCCUGUAAUCCCAGCACUUUGGGAGGCCGAGGUGGGUGGAUCACUUGAGCCCAGGAGUUUGAGACCAGCCUGGGCAACAUGGUGAAACCCUGUCUCUACAAAAAAUACAAAAAUUAGCCAGGCAUGAUGGUGUGUGCCUGUAGUUUCAGGGGAGGCUGAGGUGGGAGAAUUGCUUGAGCCCAGGAGGUGGGGGCUGCAGUGAGCUGUGAUUGCACCACUGCACUCUAGCCUGGGUGACAGUGCCUAAAUAAAUAAAUAAAAAGAAAGAAAGAAAUGAUAGUGAAAAUACAGUUGCAUAGCACUUAUACCUAGACUACUUAAAGUGACCUAGUAAUUAAACUUACAUAGCUCAUCCACCAGCAAAGAUUCCUAGUGCACCACACUCAUUACAGAGCAGGGAAGCAUUGCUGCCACCCUCAGGGAUUCCUCUUGCAUAACUCUGUGUUCUGUCCUCCACACACCCAUCUCUUUCGUCAUCUAUUGAUCUUAUUCAGUUUUCCUGGCAGUUUCCCCAGUGUAUUUUACCUGAAAGGUACAAGAGGAAAAAGGAAAAGCACAGCUCAAAAUGGUUGACUAUUCCAUUCUUUGUUUUCUUCAAAAAGUGUAAAGUCAUAAAGAUGCCAUAGAAUGAGUAAACUCAUUGUCCUUUGUCACCUCUCAGCCAAUAAUAGUCAUUGAUAUACUCUCCAUAACACAAAUUUAAAGUUUUUUGUGAACUGUACAUGCAAUAGCCAAGUUUAUUUUAACUUUAGUCAUUACUGGAUCCCAGAGAUUUUCUUUUUCUUUUUUGGCAUAUAGAUUAUUUAUGUCACUUCAGUGUGCCCAGUCCACAGAUGAGAUCUUCUGAGGGACUGCUUCUGGAGCCGGCCCUCUUGUGUGAUUGAAUUAGUCAGUGAUGGUUCUCAGGACUAGACUAGAUUGUUAUUCUUAAAAUAAUUACUUAAAAAAAAAAAACAACAACUUCUAUAACCUGAAAAUUUUGUGGCCAGGGGCGGUGGCUCACGCUUGUAAUCCCAGCACUUUGGGAAGCCAAGGUGGGCGGAUCGCUUGAGGUCAGAAGUUCGAGAGCAGCCUGACCAACAUGGUGAAACCCUGUCUCUACUAAAAAUACAAAAAUUAGCUGGGCAUGGUGGCGCACGCCUGUAAUUUCAGCUACUCAGGAGGCUGAGGCAGGAGAAUUCGCUUGAACCUGGGAGGUGGAGGCUGCAGUGAGCCAAGAUGGCACCCACUGCACUUCAGCCUGGGCAACAGAGCAAGACUCUGUCUCAAAAAAAAAAAGUAAAGAAAAAUUUGCAUUUAAAACUUAUAUGAAAAUACAUACAUUUAUUUUGCAGAAUAAUGAUCUAGAGCAGGACUGUCAUUUUAACUAAAGUUAUUUUUGGCCAGGCAUGGUGGCUCAUGCCUGUAAUCCCAGCACUUUGGGAGUCCGAGGCAGGUGGAUCACAAGGUCAGGAGUUCAAGACCAGCCUGGCCAAUAUGGUGAAACCCCGUCUCUACUAAAAAUACAAAAAUUAGCUGGGCAUGGUGGUGCACUCCUGUAAUCCCAGCUACUCAGGAGGCUGAGGCAGGAGAAUUACUUGAACCAGGACGCGCGAGGCAGAGGUUGCAGUGAGCCAAGAUCGUGCCACUGCACUCCAGCCUGGACUACGGAGCGAGACUCCGUCUCAAAAAAAAAAAAAAAGUUGUCCAGACGCAGUGGCUCACACCUGUAAUUCCAGCAUUUUGGGAGGCCGAGGCAGGUGGAUCACAAGGUCAGGAGUUUGAGACCAGCCUGGCCAAGGCGGUGAAACCCCAUCUCUACUAAAAAUACAAAAAUUAGCGGGGCACAGUGGUGGGUGCCUGUAAUCCCAGCUACUUAGGAGGCUGAGGCAGGACAAUCGCUUGAACCUAGGAGGUGGAGGUUGCAGUGAGCCGAGAUUGCGUCACUGCAUUCUAGCCUGGGUGACAGAGCAAGACUCUGUCUCAAAAAAAAAAAAAGUUAUUCUUAGUGGAUAUAAAAAUUGGUGUUUUUGGCUGGUCAUGGUGGCUCAUGUCUGUAAUCCCAGCACUUUGGGAGGCUGAGGCGGGUGGAUCACAAGGUCAAGAGAUGGAGACCAUUCUGGCCAACAUGGUGACACAUGCCUGUAAUCCCAGCUACUCGGGAGGCUGAGGCAGGAGAAUCACUUGAAUCGAGGAAGCGGAGGUUGCAGUGAGCUGAGAUUGUGCCACUGCACUCCAGCCUGGCGACAGAGUAAGACUCCGUCUCAAAAAAAAAAAAAAAUUGCUGUUUUUUUGGUUUGUUUUGUGUUUUAGUUUAAGGAGACACAGUGCCUCAUCUUAAGGUCUUUUUUGCUGCUCUGAUGCUGGUCAUCUAGUCCAUUCUUUUGCUCUAAACUGAACCUUGCCUCCCAGUUCUUCAUUGCACUUCAGAUUGUCUUACUACAAAGAGAAAAUUAGUCUGUGAUCAGUUUGGAUCACAAGAACUGAAAUUGUACAUUUAGAAUAGAAGCCAGGGAUGUGACGCACACCCGUGAUCCCAGCUACUCAGGAGGCUGAGAUGGGAGGAUCACUUGAGCCGGGGAAUUAGAGGCUGCAGUGAGCCGAGAUCGUGCCACUGCACUCCAGCCUGGGUGACAGAACAAGACCCUGUGUCUAAAAAAUAAAAAGAAGAAAAGAAAGAAAUUUAAAGUAGGAAGGGCUACCGUUUGCUUCUGGCCAAGCUUCACCUCUAACCAUAGGAUCUUUGAAAAGACUAGUUCUGAGGUCCUUUACUCUGAGUAGGUAUUUAUGGAAUAAGCCAUUAUGUAUUGACAUUAGAAUCAGUUAAACAUAAAUUUUUUUCUCUUUUUAUGCACUACUUGACAUCAAAAGCAAAAAGAGGUAAGUUGGCUAUAAACCUGUAGGUGAAUCUUAUCUUUCUUAAUAGAUUUUUUCCUGAGUAGCUCUGCUUCAAUUAAAUUUCUGUGAAUCAAAUACUUUUACAUUAGGAAGGUUGUCAUUGGAAAUUCUUAUUCUUUUCUUUGAAAAUGAAUAAGCAUCUUCUGUAAACUUAGAUUUUCAAGAUAUCUAGUAUUUAAACAUUUUGCUUUUCCUUUAACCAAGUUAUACUUACAGUUUAAUUUGCUUGUGAAGACAAGGCAUUUUGAAACACUUGGUUUAGUUUUGAGGUAACUGAAUUGUUUCUCCCACCAAAAAUGUGGAUUACAUGUAAUAAGAAGUAUUUCCUAUUUUCUUAAAAAUGAAAAAAAAAGCCAAGAGACAACUGAUAUUGGUGAAAGUCUAUAAUUUUCAGAUCCAUUGAUUUACAGAAGAAGAUGCCCUGAACCUCUCAGAAUAUUUUCUAGUGUAAUUUUUUUAAUGAUUAAAAGAAAUGAAGAAAAUAGUAAACAAGAAGAUCAAACACAUUUCAUUGAGUGGUGUCUCAUAUGUUUUUCUUGUUUGGGAUCUAUUUUUAUAAUUGAUCUUUUUAGUGGAUUCUUGGUUGUAGUUUAACCUAUUUCUCUUUUGUUUCCUUUUGAUGAUGUAUCAAUUCUGACAUUUCAAAGGUACAGCUGGCCUUCAUUAGAUAUAUGCGGUUAUUGACUUUGCUUAACAAGAACAGACUAUCGUACCACCUUGAGUUAACUCUGUGCCAGCUGGCGUUGCUCUUGAGAAGGUCAUUUCUAAACAAAAGAUUAUUUUUUGAAAGGUUUUUAUUUGGUGUAAGAAUCUGGCAGCAAAAUGUACUUUUACCUCUUGGUGCCACUGUGUUUAAUUACCCUCUCCCCAUUUAUCCUCCAUGUCUUUCCUACCAUAGGCUGUUGAUAACACACAUGCUCAUGGUUUAACUGUAAGUUGUUCAGAAACAGAAAGCUGACUGUACUGCAGGGCACUUUUAUAUUUCUCUUUUGCAAGAUUUGAAAUAAAAAUAGAUUUUUGCAUGAAUAUUGCUUUGUUUUAUAAGCUAGUCAUCUGAUAUUCGUCAGGACAGCAAAUGGGAAGAUGGGUGAAAGGUUUUGUCAAAUCUAUAACCACUGAAAAAUCUAAAAAUGCUCCCUCUCUACGUAGCAAGGCAUGCUGUCAUUCUACAUUGUUGAAGACGACUUUCAUGCUUGUCACUGAAGUGUGAUGAACUAUAUGCAGUUGUCAUUUAUAUGAAGGAGGAGCCAGAUGCUUUUUAAGAUUUGUCACCAGGUCUUAUUUUUGCAUGGUCUAUAUUGAAAUUUUUUGAUGUGUUUCAACAAUUCCUUCUUUUUGUUCUCUGGAAAUUUUUAACGAAGAAUUAUUGUUUCUAUCAAGAGUAUAUGCUGGCCGGGCGCGGUGGCUCAAGCCUGUAAUCCCAGCACUUUGGGAGGCCGAGGCGGGCGGAUCACGAGGUCAGGAGAUCGAGACCAUCCUGGCUAACACGGUGAAACCCCGUCUCUACUAAAAAAUACAAAAAAUUAGCCAGACGUGUUGGCGGGCGCCUGUAGUCCCAGCUACUCGGGAGGCUGAGGCAGGAGAAUGGCGUGAACCCGGGAGGCACAGCUUGUAGUGAGCCGAGAUCGCGCCACUGCACUCCAGCCUGGGGGACAGAGCAAGACUCCGUCUCAAAAAAAAAAAAAAAAAAAAAAAAUAGUAUAUGCUAUAGUGGACUAUGCUGUGUUAAAGACUGAUGUAAAUAUGUCUGAAGUGUUUGGUGAUAUAAAUUAGCAGAUUUCACCUGAGAAGUCAGAAAUUACACUAUCGUCUGUGGGUACUUUUAGAAUAACUAAUGUUUUAACAGGGGAUGUAAUAUGUUUGGUGAAAAGGGAUGAGAUAGCCAACUCUAUGUGUUUGAUUAUAAAAUGCUGACAGUGCUUCACAGCUCUCCAUUUUUAUUCAUAUCAGUGUACCAUUAAAUUCAUCAUUAGAUUUUUGAAAAUAGUUAUUUUCCUAGCUACUGUUAAUAUUUAUGCAAAUGUUUCUAUCUCAUGCACUUCUUCUUUUAUAUAUAAUAUUUCUUUCUCAGUUUUUCCUUAUUAUUUCUAAAUUCUCUACAUGUGCGUUUUUCAGUUUAUUUGUUUAGGAAUUCAUAGGACUGUUUAAAUGUUCAAGUUGUUAUUACAACGAGAAUGUAUAUUGAUGCUUCUUUCCAUUAACCUUUCUGUUAAUUCACUAACAUUAUUAAUCAUUCUGUAGAUUUAGUGAGGAAUCAUUUACUGUUUAUGUUAUUUAGCACAUCUUAAAUGAUGGCAAUUUAAAAAUUAUUUUCAAGAUUUAUAGAUCAAAAUCUUACAGUUACCAGAGAAGAAUAAUUGAUCAUCUGAUAACACUAAAUUAACCUUAAAAUCUUUAUCAGAUAAUAUUUAUCCAUUCUUAUUCCUUUUGUUAGAAAGAUGUUGUUACAAUGACAGGAAUGUCUAAAUUGUAAACUCUCCCUUCAAGUGAAUUAAUUAAACAAUGACAUUGAUGAUACUAAUAAAUAAAUCCAAGGAUUUUUUAAAGGGAGGUGGCCUGCACCACAUAAAUUCCCCAGCAAAGUGUUGUGGGGAAUUGAAGAAUUGGAAGGCAGAGUCCUGCCUGCUGUCAAGGAGCUGCAUAGUGUGGCUAGGGAGAAUAGAUACACUGCAAGGGAAGCAGGGGUCUAGAGGUCUGUAAGAAAUGCCAAAAGAAGCUGGGCGCAGUGGCUCAUGCCUGUAAUCCCAGCAUUUUGGGAGGCUGAGGCAGGCGGAUCGCUUGCCUCAGGAAUACAAGACCAGCCUGGGCAACAUGGUGAAUCUCCGUCUCUACUAAAAAUGCAAAAAUUAGCCAGGUGUGGUAGCAUGCACGUGUAAUCCCAGCUACUCGGGUGGCUGAGGCGUAAGAAUUACUUGAACCUGGGAGGUGAAGAUUGCAGUGAGCCAAGAUGGAGAUCACGCCACUGCACUCCGGCCUGAGUGACAGAGCAAGACUCUGUCUCAAAAAAAAAAAAAAAAAAAAAGAAAUACCGAAGGAGGUGAGAGAAGUGCUAAAGGAGUUUGCAGGAAGCAGACACCUCCUUCUGGGGUGGCCAGAAAUAAUGACUGAAAUUUGACUUUGCACAGUCUGAUAGAGCAUUUCUGGUGAAUAUAAUGAUAGGAGGAACAGCUUGUUGAAAUGCAUUUCUCCUAUGACCCAUUUUGACCUUUCUUAUUUCCUUGUUGUUAAUAGCAUUUACUUUGUUCCUUGAAGCUGAAAACCUUAAGGGCAUUCAACUCCUCCCUCUCCUUUGUCCAUCGUGUCUAAUCGAUGGUCUCAGGGCUGCAGGCGUUCACAAACAUUCUCUCCCCUGAUCUUCACGUGAAUCCUGCAAGAUUGGUAUUUCAUGUUCUCACUUAACAGAUAGAAAAACUGAGGCUCAGAACAGUUAAGUCACUUCUUCAGUGUCCCUAGCUUCAGUGUCACUAGCUACUUCAGUGUCACUAGCUACUGGUUGUUGGAGCUGGAAUCUAACAGAGACAGAGGUCUUUCUGAUGGACUCUAAAUUUCAUGCUGAAAUGGAGAAGAACUGAGGAGCACAGAGGAGAGAGAACAGAGAAUAAAGAGGGCCGGGCACGGUGGCUCAUGCCUGUAAUAGCAGCGCUUUGGGAGGCUGAGGUGAGCAGAUCGUUUGAGCACAGGAGUUCAAGAGCAGCCUUGGCAACAUGGCAAAACCCUGUCUCCACAAAAAGUUAAAAAAAAUAAGCUGGGUGUAGUGGCACUGGGGAGGCUGGGGUGGGAGGAUCGCCUGAACCCGGGAGGCAGAGGUUGCAGUGAGCCGAGAGCACACUACUGCACUCCAGCCUGGGUGACAAGAGUGAGACUCCAUCUCAAAAAAACGAAAGAAGAAAGCUGAGAGGCCAUAGGAAAUGGCUGCAGAAGCAUCGUAGGCAAACGCAAGGAAAUUAUUGUGAUGUACCCUCACUUAAGACUCCAGUGCAUCUAAGUGUGUUAGUAACUGAUUAUGGAGAGCACCUUUGUGCUAUUAUCAGAAUUCCUGGGUGUGGGAGACUUUUAUAACUGUGCAGCUUUUCUAUCUCCACGUCAGUGCACAGUAUAUGGACAUUUAUAUUUUCCACUAACACAGCUCCUCACAUUCCACUCCUGUCAGUGUAGUUUUCCCCAGUACCACUGUUUUGACCACUUUCACACUUCUAUCUACAGUGCUUUUGCUAAGAAGGAAUCUGCUAAAUUCGAAUGCAGAUUCUUUUUUUUUUUUUUUUUUGACGGAGUUUCGCUCUUGUUGCCCAAGCUGGAGUGUGAUGGCGCGAUCUCGGCUCAUUGCAACCUCCACCUCUCGGGUUCAAGCAAUUCUCCUGCCUCAGCCUCCCGAGUAGCUGGGAUUACAGCCACAUGCCACCACGCCCGGCUAAUUUUUGUAUUUUUAGUGGAAAUGGAGUUUCACCGUGUUGGCCAAACUCCUGACCUCAGGUGGUCCGCCCGCCUUGGCCUCCUAAAGUGCUGGGAUUACAGGCAUGAGCCACCAUGCCCAGCCCCAGAUUAUCCUUCUUAAUUUGUUCUUCCUGCCUUUUGUAUAUAUCUUUUUCACUUUGAGUUUCCUUGAAUUAAAACUUUUUAAUUCAACUCUUGGAUUGCUUAGUUUUGAAUAAUUUGAGAGAAUUUGGGCUGUUCUUGGUUUAUUUAGACUGAAAAAGUACUCUCGGCAGAGUAAGAAGGAGCACUAACUGCUUCUAUUUUGGAGCAAGUAUCAAAGGCUGUGUUAGUCUGCUGCGGCUUCCAUCACAAAUGACCGCAGACUGGAUGCCUUAAACAACAGAAGUUUAUUUUCUCACAGUUCUGGAGGCCCGAAGUUCAAAAUCAAGGUGUCCGCAGGUCUGUUUUCUCCUGAGGUCUCCCUCCUUGGAUUGCAGAAGGCCACCUUCUCACUGUCCUCGCAUCUCUGUGCACUGCAUCCCUGGUGUCUCUCUGUAUGUAUUAAUCCUCUCUUCUUUACAAGGACACCAAUCAGAUUGGAUUAGGGCCAACUCUAACAGUGUCACUUUAAUUUAAUCACCUCUUAUAAAGGUCCUGUCUUCAAAUACAGUUGCAUUCUAAGGUUCUGAGAGUUAGGGCUUCAAUAUAUGAAAUUAGGGGAACACAAUUCAGUCUAUAACAUCAUGGGCCAUUCCACUGAAAGGGCGUGGGUGGACAGUCAGAAACCUGGGCACAAGUUCUCACUCUGCCACUCUCUCGAUGGGCCCUAAGAAAAUCACUUAACCCUUCUGAUCCUCAGUGUUCUAAUCUGUAAAAUGGGGAUUAUGACUACCAAUAUCUUAGUUGAGUUUUGUUUGUUUGUUUUUUUGUUUUUGAGACAGAGUCUCGCUCUGUCGCUCAGGCUGGAGUGCAGUGGUGUGAUCUCGGCUCACUGCAACCUCCACCUCCUGGGUUCAAGCAGUUCUCGUAGCUCAGCUUCCCAAGUAGCUGGGACUACAGGCACGCACUACCAUGCCCAGCUAAUUUUUGUUAUUUUAGUAGAGAUGAGUUUUCACCACGUUGGCUAGGCUGGUCUUGAACUCCUGAACUGAAGCUAUCUGCCAGCCUCAGUUUCCCAAAGUGCUAGGAUUACAGGCAUGAGCCACCGUGCCUGGCCUCACUUGAGUUUUCUAGGCACUAAAAAGCUUUUGUUCAUUAUAAAAGCCAUACAGAGGCCAGGUGCGGUGGCUCACGCCUGUAAUCCCAGCACUUUGGGAGGCUGAGGCGGGCGGAUCACGAGGUCAGGAGUUCGAGACCAGCCUGGCCAAUAUAGUGAAACCCUGUCUCUACUAAAAAUACAAAAAUUAGCCGGGCAUCAUGGCUCACGCCUGUAAUCCCAGCACUUUGGGAGGCUGAGGCGGGCGGAUCACGAGGUCAGGAGUUCGAGACCAGCCUGGCCAAUAUAGUGAAACCCUGUCUCUACUAAAAAUACAAAAAUUAGCCGGGCAUCAUGGCUCACGCCUGUAAUCCCAGCACUUUGGGAGGCUGAGGCAGGCGGAUCAUGAGGUCAAGAGAUGGAGCCAUCCUGGGCAACCUGGCAAAACCCUGUCUCUAAAAAUACUAAAAAUACAAAAGUUAA